GGAGCCAUUUUAACACGAAAUUUUCAUUAUUCCAGUUCCCAGUGUCAACAAGCUGGCAUUGUCCAAAUGGGAAGGGUCGAGAACAGGCAGUAGGGGCAAGGCAGUUGAAAACUUUUAAAUUCCACAGUGUCCCCUUGCCUGUGGCAGGAAGGAACACUGGGCUGUGGAGAGCCUCUGGCAGCUGUUUAUGGGCGGCAGUCAGAUGUGGCUCUGCUGCUGGCGGUGAGUGGAUUUUUGUCCCUUUUACCAGUUGCAUGGUGCUCUCCAGCUUGAACACCAUGUCCACAGCAUGUUGGAUCCAAGUUAAUGAAUGACCCGAAUCCAGAUUAGAAGUGAGCUGUGGUCAAGUGUGGAAGAAAAACGCUUAACUGUUCAAACGUAUCACGAACAAAAAUUUAUCAGUCAUUUUAGGGACCUAGGGAUAAGAAUAGGAUUUCCAGCAUCCGCAGUUUUUUGCUUUUAUCUUUUUAUUAUAAUAAGAAUAGGGUAUUUGGCCCCACCAGCUUGUUCAAUGACACAAUGAUAGUUCUGUACUCUAACUCUAUAUUCUCAAUGUUAUGUCAAAUAUAUAUUGACCUCAGUUUUAAAAUUAGUUGAGCUACCAUAUUCUCAAUGUUAUCAAAAAUGCAUUGACCUCAGUUUUAAAAUUAACUGAGCCACUGCUUUUUGAGAGUUCUGCAUUUCUGCCACCCUUUGUGUGAAGAAAUUUUUUUAACUUCUGUCCUGAUUUUAAGAUUACGUCUCCUUGACCUAGACCUACUAGUGGAAGAUAUUUCCAUAUACUCUUAUCACUUUUCAAAUCCUUGAAGCCACAAUCAAAUCACCUCAUAACCUAUAUUCCAAGGAAUAUAAGUUUAUGUAAUAUUUCCUCAAAAUUUUGCCCAUGAAGCCCUGCAACAUUCUGGUGAAUAUGUGUGGCAUUCCUUUCGAGGCCAAAAUACCCUUCUGAGGUUUAGUGCCCAGAACUGUACACAGUACUCUUAAGUAUGGUCCAACCAGGGCUAUGUAUAACGUUACCAAAACUUCCCUUUACAUUUUAGCUUUCCAGUUAAAGGUUAACAUUCCAUUACACUUUUAUUUUGGUACUUCACUAUAUUUCAGUGAUCAGUGUCAUGGACCCCUAAAUCGCUUUUGAUCUCCACCGUUCCUAGCUUUUCACUUUUUAAAUACUUGUUUUAUAUGUUCUUAUUGUAUUUUGGUUCCCAAAUAAUGUUAAUAAUCUCAAUUUAAGCUUGGCAAGAUCAGGAGCUCUUUGCUUAAUUUUUCAUGCUGUCUGAUCCAAAGAAGGACUGGCGUGCAGCUGUGAAAUGUGGCCCUCUGCAAUACUUAAACAACAAUUAGUUCCCAGCUACUUACAGAUUUCCAGCUUAUGAAGCUUUUUUUUGCGGCUUGCUCUGAGAUCAAUAGUGAUGAAGCUAUACCAGAAUUGGUUUGAAACACUGUAACCAGGUAGUAUAUCUGCUGUGGUUAUUGUGGAAAUAUGGCAGCCAGAAUGGUGGCCCAAGUAAUGCAAAUGUAUCUGUGGAGAACAAGAUUUCCUGAUUUACCAAACUACUUUGCGUCAGCACUGGGAUUCUGUACUUCUAGUCACAAUGAUUCAACGGAGAUAAUCCAAAAGCCAGAAAAUUCAGCUUUGUUGAACAAUUUGACAGUUUUGGGUGUGGAUAUUAAGAUGGCCAGGAGGAGGCAGCCUGCAGUCUUGAGAAAAGUGGUCACCAAUGAAGAGGGUGUUGCAGAGUUCCUGAGAAGCAAGGGUGCCAAUUGCACGACCAUUGCCAGUAUUAUCUCAAGGUACCCCCGAGCCAUCACACGUUCCCAUUGGCAUCUUGAAGAAAAAUGGCAGUUGUGGCGAAGCAUCUUCAAGACAGAUUCUGAGGUCAUAAGUGUUAUUGAGCGUUCUCCAGAAUCAUAUUUUCGUUCAAGUGACAAUGGAAAUCUUGAAAAAAAUAUCAAUUUUCUUUGUUCUCUUGGCUUGAGCUCAAAGGACUUACAUCGCAUUUUAACUACAGCUCCACGAACAUUUUCAAAUAGUUUGGAACUAAACAAGCAGAUGGUAAAACUUCUGCACGAUCUUGGUGUCCGUUUAGAUUACGAGAAUCCAGACACUUUUGUCAAACGGAUUAUCACUAAAAAUGCUUACAUACUUAUAAGAAGCACUAAAAGGAUAAAAACAAAUGUAGACUUUUUCACGGAAGCACUUAAACUGAGCAACAGUGAACUUAUAAAACUACUUCAGGGACAUGGCGCUGAGAUUUUGGACCUCUCCAGUGACUACAUGAAAAGAAAUUUCAAAAAUAUAAGUGAGCAGUUGCAGUUAUUAGGAUGCACAGCUGAGGAAGUGAAGAAAUUCUUUUUGGAUUAUCCACCAGCGUUCUAUGCUUCAUUCGAAAAACUUUCCAACAAAAUCAAUUGUCUCCUAGAAAGUGGAAUUAAUAUUAAGCAACUAUUAAAGAAGCCAAGAAUAUUGGAAUUCAGUGCAAACAAUUUGAAAAAUCGCAUAGAGGAGCUAGAGAGGGUUGGAUAUGACUUUAAAAACCACGGCAUUACCAUUUUGGAUUCCAGUAGAAGACGAUUUGAAGCAAAAUUAGAAAAACUAAAUGAGGAAGGAUAGCCAUGUUGGCUGUUUGAGAGUCUGGUACAAUUUUACAUAUUCUGGAUGAUCACGUUUGAUCACACUGCUCAAUCCUGUUAUUUUUGAGAUUACUUCUGGCUCUCAGAAUUUUGUAUCCAAAAUAAAAUUCAGACUGCUUUUCAAAUUAUGCAGUAUUCAUGGUCAGUAAAUUAAAGAAAUUGACUUACUGUAGAAAUUGUUUAAACUAACUCUGGCAUCUGUUAUUACAAUAAUUAACAAAGUAAUUGCCCUUAUUUGUCUUUUGUAAAAAAUAAAAACCAUUUCAAUUUGACUACCAAA